CUUAGCUAUCAAAGUCUGUUGAGGUGUUCACUGGCUUCCUCAUCACUCUUUGAGUCAAGGGCUGAACCAUGCUGGCGUCAAGGAACUUGCUCGCUAAACAGGCGUCGGCUAUCCUCGCUCGUCAGCCUGUCUGCCUCGCACACCACGGGGGAGACUGGGGCAACUGGGGGAACACCAACAUAGCAGUGGUGUUCUCAGGGUGUGGCUGGUGGGAUGGGACUGACAUCCACGAGGCUGCUUACACCAUGUACCAUCUGAGCAGAAAUGGGGCCCGCUUCCAGAUCUUUGCUCCAAACCAACCGCAGAUGAACGUCAUGGAUCAUAUGAAAAUGCAACCUGCUUCUGGAGAGAACCGGAACAUGAUGAUGGAGUCUUCUCGCUUCAGCCACGGCCAGGGCACGAUGCAGAUGCACGAUCUGUCCAAGCUGGACGUCAACAGCUUCGAUGCGGUCAUCUUCCCUGGAGGUCACGGCAUCACCAAGAACCUAUCCACCUUCAUGAAGGAAGGUAAAGAUUGUAAGCUCCACAACGACGUGGAGAGAGUACUCAAAGAGUUCCACCGCUCUCGCAAGCCUAUUGGUUUGUCUAGCAUGGCCCCUGUGCUAGCCUGCCGCGUGUUGCCAAGUUUGGAGGUCACGAUGGGCUAUGAGAAGGACGAGAAAAGCCGCUGGGGCCACUGGCCGAACACCACCAUGGUCCAGGUUGUGAAGAGCAUGGGCGCACGCCACAACGUCAGGGAGCAUCACGAGGCCUUUGUUGACGAGAAGAACAAAGUAAUCAGCACCCCGACCUUCAUGUGGGAGACGGACUACCACUACCAUUACAUCUUCGAUGGGAUUGGUAACAUGGUCAAGCAUGUCAUGCGUAUGACAGCCAAGUGAGCUGUAUUGAGUCUGUAAACAGACUCCUGAAAGUUGAUGGUAGGAUGACCUGUAUGAUUCCAUAACUUACAUGACGCCUAAUAAAAACAACGUGAAUGUAAACAUA